AUGUGUCCAAUAAUAAAAGCAGCGUUUUCAAUUGGUCAGUGCUUCUCUGUGAAGGCGAUGAUUCACUAAUGGAGGGGUUGGCUUUUCCACCAGCUGCAACGCCACUCUCGAGCCUGCCCCAUUCUCACUUGAUGACCUAAUUGGCGAGCAGGUCAACUAUGGAACAGGUUUCACCCAUGAGCUCCACUUUCUUUGAAAUUUAACAUUUAAAACGAGGUAAAUGUGAGGUGGCACCGCUCUUUUUUCUUCCUCUUUCCCCCCUCACACCAGGCACUGCACUUCUUUUCACCGAGUCACCUUCGCGUCUUCAGCUCACCUGCCACUUUUGACACGACCUCGGUGUUCCCGCACAAGUUCUGCUGAGUCCCGCACGCUUCGCCAACAGGAUCCAGUCGCACUUUAAGGACGCGGAAAAAACACGAAACUUCUGCCGGUGUUUCUUUUGGGUGUCUCAAGUUUACGCACAAGAUGAGUGUCAAGUCCGACUCCGAGCCAAACAACAACGUCUCUCUUGAAGAGGAGGUUCGAACUCUAUUUGUCAGUGGUCUGCCAACAGAUAUCAAACCUCGUGAGCUCUAUCUGCUAUUUCGACCAUUUAAGGGUUAUGAGGGUUCACUUAUCAAGCUAACUUCAAAGCAGCCUGUUGGGUUUGUAACCUUUGACAGUCGUUCUGGCGCUGAAGCGGCAAAAAAUGCAUUAAACGGGGUUCGAUUUGACCCUGAAAACCCGCAGACCCUCCGGUUAGAGUUUGCUAAGGCCAACACGAAGAUGGCAAAGAGUAAGCUGAUGGGCACUCCGAAUCCCACAAAUAUCCACCCAGCUCUAGGAGCGCACUUCAUAGCACGGGACCCAUAUGACUUGACAGGGGCGGCGUUGAUCCCAGCGUCUCCAGAGGCCUGGUCUCCUUAUCCGCUUUACACCCCAGAGCUCAGCCCUGGCCUGCCCCACACUGCAUUCACCUACCCUGCAGCCGCCGCCGCUGCAGCAGCUGCACUUCAUGCUCAGAUGCGUUGGUAUCCCUCCACAUCGGACUCGUCCCAGCCUGGAUGGAAAUCCCGACAGUUCUGUUAAAAGAAAAAAAAAAAAAAGGUUUCUCUCUUCAAAAAGUUGAUAUUCAGUUCCAGAAUCAAAUCAGUCCGUUGCAUCCAAAAUGAACUGACGUCUUUGGAAUUGGGCCAUGAAGAGAUGAAGUUCAAGCUCGUUGGGCUUGCAUUGGAGUCAUAUUGCCAACAGCACACAAGUCUUGUUUAGUAGAUGGUACAAUAGACCAUAACCAUUCUUAAUGGAUACAUUCAUUUUCUUCCCCCACUAUUUUCUAUUGACGGUUGAGAAGGUCGUUUCAUUUUUAGUCUUCCAUCAAUUUUCUUUUUUUCCUCUGGAUCUUGGUUGUAUGAGGAAAAACAACUGAGUCCGACAUUGAGCAUGUUUGUUAGUUUUGGCAUGAAGUGUAGCCCAGUGCAUCAUUCAAGUACGCUGCUUCCAUGACCAGUGUAACCUUGUUCAUUUUGUCUUGUUUGUGUUUGUUAGCUUGGUCAUUGAAGUUAUGUAUAAAACCGUGGCCAGCUUUUUUUGAUGGGUGAUGUCCAGAAGACUGAUGGUUUCCACUGAAAUGCAUCACAGGGUCUGAUGACUUUACAAAAUAUGAGACAAUCUCAAUCUAGAGUGUGUGUGUAUAUGGGGAGAGAAGAGUAUGUGCAAUGAAAAUAAGUAAUCUGUAUAAGUUAUUGGUAACUUUUUUUUUUUUUUUCUCUCUGUAUGUGUUUGUUUUUGUAUCGGUGACCUUUAUAGUAGCUUCAGAGGUUAAGUUGUAAUUUUCUUUUGGUUUGACUGUCAUUGUGGCACAAAACUAACAGUAUAGGGACAGCAUAUAUUGCUGCUAACAUGAAAUUGCUGUUACAAGUUAAUACUCUGAAUAUAAAAUAUGCUACAGUGGUGCAUGAUUUUAGUGUGGGUAGUAGAAAAGGUUAAUUCAGACAUUAGAAAUAUAUUUGUAAAAAAAAAAAGUGUUUGGUGUAUAAAGAAACUACUGUAUGAUAGUAUUAAAAUUGGAAUGCAUUAA